AUGGCCGUCGUGAGCAGAUUCACCAAGGAAUCCCAACUCUCAUUCGGCAAGGCCAGUGCUCGCACGCAAAAUGACCUAGCACAAACAAUCGAAGAGGGCAACAAUGGUUACAAUGUUGGAGUCGACGAUAUUCGUUUGUGUGAAUACCCUACAUUAACGGGUACUACCUACCUCGAUCAUGCUGGAACAACGCCAUAUGCAACCUCGACAAUUGAAGCAUGGACGGCAGAGCUUACGACAAACCUGUUUGGGAACCCACAUUCAGCCUCAGCAGCCUCUCAGUUAUCCACCAUACGGAUUGACGAUAUCAGACUUAAAGUGUUGAGGUUCUUCAACGCCAGCCCUGACGAUUUCGAUGUAGUCUUCGUAGCCAAUGCCACAGCAGCUAUAAAACUGGUUGCCGAAGCAUUUCGCGACAGCCCUCAUGGCUUCCGGUAUGGUUACCAUGCUGACUCCCACACGAGUUUGGUUGGGUGCAGGGAACUGGCUAUGCAAGGCAGUCAAUGCUUGGAAGAUGAUAACCACGUCGACAAGUGGAUUAGCAACAUCCCACAUGCACAUCGAGCCCCAGACAGACUGCAACUUCUUGCAUAUCCAGGUCAAUCCAAUAUGACAGGCCGACAAUUACCUCUAAAUUGGCCGCAGCGUAUCCGAGAAGCUGCCUCGAAAACUGGACAGAAAAUAUAUACCUUGUUGGACGCUGCAAGCUUUGUCUCGACAUCGCCGCUAGACCUUAGUAACAAGCAAGUUGUCCCAGACUUUGUCGCUUUGAGCUUCUACAAGAUUUUUGGGUUUCCCGAUCUAGGUGCGUUGCUGGUUCGCAAAGAAUCAGCCGACGUAUUGAUGAACAAGGCCUACUUUGCAGGUGGGACGGUCGAUGCUGUGACAACGUCGACCAGGAACUGGUAUGCUAGAAGAGAGACAGUACAUAGUGCAUUAGAAGAGGGGACGCUGCCCUUCCACAACAUCCUUGGCCUGGACCAUGCCAUGAACACUCAUGCUAGACUUUUUGGAUCAAUGGAGCGCGUAUCGAGGCACACCAACUAUCUAAGAAAUCAAGCAAGAAAUUACCUUGCGGCCGCUCGCCAUGGCAACGGCACAAGCGUAUGUACUAUUUACGAACAUGCACAACAGGGCAAGUAUGGUCCGAUACUGGCAUUCAACUUGAAGGAUAGUCUGGGCAGAAUAGUCAGCGCAUCCGAGGUUGAGAAGCUUUGCAUAGUCAAAGGUAUACAGCUCCGUACUGGAGGGCUUUGCAAUCCUGGCGGAGUCUCCCGUCACCUAGGUCUGACGGAUGGACAAAUCCUGUCAAACUACAGAUCUGGUUAUAGGUGUGGCGGUCAAAGCCAUCUUGUCGAUGGAACUCCGACAGGCGUGAUCAGGAUCAGCUUUGGUGCAAUGAGCACCAACUCUGAUUUACAAGCUUUUAUCAAGUUUAUUGAAGAAUAUUUUAUUGAGCGAUACAUCCCUUCACCUCCAACAUGCAAACCUGACACGAGGAUCUCUCAAUUUGUUGUGGAGGCUCUUUCUGUCUUUCCAAUCAAAAGCUGUGCGCCCUUUCGCGUUCCAUCAGAUCAAAGGUGGAUUGUUACCUCUAAAGGACUCGCCUGGGAUCGCGAAUGGUGUCUUGUGCACGAAGGUACUAAUGUAGCUUUGAGUCAGAAGAAAUGUCCACGAAUGGCCCUGUUACAGCCGCAUCUGGAUCUCGUCAACCGCGUGAUAACAACAAUGCUCGCCAACGAAAGUCCAAUGUUGAUCGUGUCGAGGUCCAGUAUCAACGAGCUUAACAGACAGAUCCAACGUCGAGCACGAGAGACUGGUCAGGACGAGCGGCCAAAGGUAUCGGCCAGCUCUUUCCGGGCUAACAUUGUGGUUGCUGAGCAGGAGGGGCUGUCUGACGCAGAAGCUUUGCCCUAUGCAGAGGACCACUGGCUGUCGAUCUCGAUUGGAAAGAUGCCGCCUGAGCGGCACUGCAUCUCGUCACCAUCAAAGACAUCGACUGAUGUACCCGAAUCUGAUAGUGGCGGUUCUUCUCGCUCGAUUUCGUCGUCCGAUUCGUCUCCUAAUGCCGAGGACGACACUACUCUGUCUCGCAGGACAAGCAGUUCAUAUCCUGAAAGCAGGCUUAUCGAGGACGAUGUCGAUGCAGGAAAAAUGAGUGCGAAUGUACUCAAAAUGGAUAUUCUUGGUCCCUGCCAACGCUGCCAGAUGGUUGGCAUAAACCAAGCAACAGGCGAGCCUCAACAGGAGCCUUUCUCGACCCUGGCCAAGACGCGACGCAAAGGAGAUGGAAGAGUAUGGUUUGGUGUACAUGCCUCGUUGGCUGCGGAUAUGACGAACAACCAGGAGAUGUGCAUCCAAGUCGGUGAUCACGUCUUUCCAGAAUGA